GAAGUGGGCGGGGCGUCGCAUCGGCAGAGAACUUCACUCCACGUGGUCGCUUCUCCUCCUCCGACUUCCCGCGCCCGCGAGGUUCCUCCGUGAAGCGAAUCGCCGCCGAGAGGAACCGAGCGGCUCGUUUCGUUCUUCCCGCGCUCAGAGAGAGACACGAGCACAGCAUCAGCCCACCCCGGCCGCCUGGAACUUUCGCGAUGAGUGAAGCGGAGGUGAACCCCAAGGCGUACCCGUUGGCGGACGCCACCCUCACCAAGACGAUGCUGGACUUGGUGCAGCAGGCGUCCAACUACAAGCAGCUGCGCAAGGGAGCCAACGAGGCCACCAAGACUCUGAACCGCGGCACGUCCGAGUUCAUCGUGAUGGCGGCCGACGCGGAGCCACUGGAGAUCAUCCUGCACCUGCCGCUGCUGUGCGAGGACAAGAACGUGCCGUACGUGUUCGUGCGCUCCAAGCAGGCGCUGGGACGCGCCUGCGGCGUCUCGCGGCCCGUCGUCGCCUGCUCCGUCACCAUCAAGGAGGGGUCGCAGCUCAAGCCGCAGAUCCAGGCGGCGCAGCAGAGCAUCGAGAGGCUGCUCGUGUGAGGCGGUCGCCGCGGCAGGAGAGGGCCCCCCCCCCAGAGGUCGCAACCGGGUACCUGAUACCCGUACCCUACCCGAUAGCCGGCUACCUGUACCCAGCCGGGUACGGGUACCCGUUUGCGACCCUGGUGCGGCCGGGUAUGGGUACGGGUAGGCCGUGAGUCACUGAUGAGUAACUGUUUGUCACUCAUUUCCCAACGUCUUGUCUCUUCUCACAAUUCAAGUUCCUAGAAUCAACCCACCCGCGCCUGCAACAUGGCUUCAUCCCAGAGGUCGCAAUCAGGUACCCGAUACCCGUACCCUACCCGUACCCGGCUGGGUACCCGGCUGGGUACGGGUACCCGUUUGCGACCCUGGUGCGGCCGGGUACGGGUAAGGAAUCAAAACCCGUUUGCGAUCUCUGGCCCCCCCCCCCCUCCCCGCAGCGGUAGAUAGCUCAAGCCUAUCGCCGUGGGGAAAAUUUAUAGCAGCAGCUGAAAAGUCUAAAAUGCGUGAUGUUAAUUUUCUGAAUGUGGAGGGAGGAAAACCGGGGGACCCGGAGAAAAAUUCCACGCGGCCACGGGAGGAGAGAGAACAUGCAAACUCCAAAUAUACAGAUGUCAGUGUUAAAAUCGAACCGACUCCGUCCUGUAUACAAGGCGAGGUAGUUAACAUCUCUUAGCCACCGUGGCGCCCCUAACGGCUGGGGUCAGUGGUGCCCAGGUGGUGGGGGGGUAAUUGGACAGGCCCCACCACCCAAUAAAAAUUUCACUAUUUAAAGAAACCUCGUGAUUUUGUCAAAUUGCUGAAAGUUGCUGCAUGCGUCACCUGUGUGGGUUCCACGCUCUUGUGUUGCUGGCCCCGUCUUUGUUUUUUUUGGCAGAGGGUCUGCGACCGGUUCACGCUGGGACGGCGCAAAGCCAAUCGGCCGUCGCUUGUUAUAUUUCCGUUGAUGUAAUGUCUCUCGUUCGUUCUGUGGGAGACUUUUGCGACGGUGGAGUGUGACGCACUGGGCCGCCUUAAUUUGGCUUCGCCUUGGAAGCCAGCAGGUGAAUGGGUGUGUGUAACAAGAGUAGAGGGUUAUAUUGCUUUUCCUUCAAAUUUCUACUUAUUUGGUUUUGAUCAAUGAUUUCAUCGUAAGCCUUUGUAACGAUGCGUUUUAUUCAUUGUAAGCUUUUGUAAUAAAACUACUGGAAAUACG